CCAGAUAAAGUCAUGCAGCCAGCACCUACAAAAGCUGCCGUUUCCUUGUCCACCUCACCCCAAUCAGUUCGUCUCCUUUACCAUCCAGCCACCAUCAUUCAAACCCUAAUCUCUCUCUCUCUUCCCAAUGGCCAACAUCGAUAACUCCACCGCCGCUCGCCCCCUCCACAUCCUAAUGUUUCCUUUCGUCGCUUUCGGCCACAUCAGCCCAUUCCUCCAACUUUCCCGCAAGCUCUCCUCCUCCUCCGCCGCCGAAAUGCGCACCGCCGACCUCCCUCCCCACACCGCCGAACUCCUCAAGCUCGCCGUCGACAACAUGCAGCCCCAAGUCGCCGCUCUCCUUGCCGACCUCCGUCCCCAACUCCUCUUCUUCGACUUCGCCCAGCCGUGGAUCCCCUCCAUCGCCCACCCCCUCGGCAUCAAGACUCUGUUUUUCUCUGUUUUCUCGGCCGCCGCCACCGCCUACCUCACCGUCCCUGCCCGCCGCAAUGCCGAGGAGCUAGCCCACCCGCCGACCGGCUUCCCCACCUCCACCGCCCUGUCAGCCGGCGUACCUGCGUACCAAGCCGCCGACUUCUCCUACAUAUUCCGGAGCUUCGGUGAGGCCGGCGAGCUCUCCGUCUACGAUCGCGUGCUCGCCGGCCUCACCGGCUGGUCAGCCCUUUUUCUCAACAUGGAAAUGGAAUCCCCCUACAUCCAUUACAUCGAAUCACAGCUCUCCAAACCCAUCCUCCUCGCCGGCCCGGUCGUUCCCGAAUCCCCCGGCGGUUCGCUCGGCCCCGAGUGGACCGAUUUCCUCGACCGGUUUUCCGGCGGCUCGGUUGUCUUCUGCUCCUUCGGCAGCGAGACGGCGCUUAGCGAGGAUGGGGUGAAGGAGCUUCUCCUCGGGCUGGAGAUGGCCCGAAAACCAUUUUUGGCGGUAUUGAAGCAGGGCCCCGCCGGCCGGGGAAUCUUCGGCGGAGGCGGAGGCGGAGGCGGCGGCGGCGAGAGGUUGGUGAGGGAAGGGUGGGCCCCGCAGCAGCUGAUACUCGGGCACAGGAACGUGGGAUGCUUCGUGUGCCACGCGGGGAUGAGCUCAUUGGUGGAGGCGGUGGUGGGGGGAUGCAGGGUGGUGAUGUUGCCGCAGAGGGGAGAUCAGUACUUGAAUGCGAGACUGUUCGCAGGGGAUUUGGGAGUAGGGGUGGAGGUGGAGAGGGAAGAAGACGGCGGUUUCAGGAAGGAGGCGGUGAGGGAUGCGGUGGUUAGGGUAAUGGAGGAGAAGGGGGAGGAGGGGAGGGAGAGGUUUGAUAAAUGGAGAAGCUUUUUCAUGAAUGGCGAGGCGCAAGAGAGGUUCUUAGGGGAGUUUGUGGGGAAGUUGAAGGACUUGGCUUAUGAUAAAUUGUCCAAGUGAGAUUUUUCUUGGCUUUUUGAGGAGUAGGAUGUGCUAUCUAGAAGAUCUUCUUUGGGUUGUAAUCCAAUAAAUGUA